AUGAAGGGCGCCGUGAUGCAGGAGAGCUUCGGCUGCGCCGUGGCCAACCGCUUCUGCCAGCUGCUGGACGACGAGUCCGACCCCUUCGACAUCCUCCGCGAGGCCGAGCGCCGCCGGCAGCAGCGCAAGCAGCGCGACGAGGCGGCGGCGGCAGCAGCCAGGAGGGGCGGCGGCGGCCGGGCGGGCGCCGGCAGGAGGGAGUCCCAGAAGGAGCGCAAGCAGCACGGCAGCCCCGGCACCGCCACCGCCGCGCCGCCGCCCGGCCAGAAGCAAGCCCCUAAACGAGGAGAAGAGCAAGGAUGUAAUGAUAACAGGAGAGCAGAGAAACAAGACAAAACUGAAUGGAGACCUUCUUUCAGGGAAUACCGUUCCUAUGAAACAGAAAGGCAAACAGAAUUCACAGUUGAGAGACCAGCUGAAAGAGUAGACUAUGAAAGACCAAGAGGUCGUGGAAGAGGAAGAGGUGGAAUGCGAGGCAGAGGAAGAGGUGGUGGAAUAAACAGAAGUUUUGAUGGCUUUGACCAAAGAGGAAAACGGGAAUUUGAAAGACAAAGUGGCAAUGAUAAAAGAGGAGUGAGAGCAGAUGACAGAAAGGGUGGAAGUGAAGCUCGCAACUGGGGAACAGUUAGAGAUGAUAUGAGUGAGAUGGAACAGACUGCUCCUGUGGAAGAGACUGCAGAAACAGCUCAGAAGCAAGGGACUUCUGAAGGAGAACCUCUAAACAAAGUUGCUGAAGGGGAGCCAAUGGAAGAAGUAGUUCAAGAAAUGACGUUAGAUGAGUGGAAAAAUCUUCAGCAACAGAAUCGACCAAAGCCUGAAUUCAACAUCCGGAAGCCAGAAUCCACUGUUCCUUCCAAAGCAGUGGUGAUUCACAAGUCAAAAUAUAGCGAUGAUAUGCAAAAGGAAGACUUUGAAGAUGAUUCUCAUGUCUUUCGAAGAGCGGUGAAUGACAUAACAUCUCAGCUGGAUAUUAACUUUGGGAGUCUUCCUCGCCCUGGCCGUGGAUCAAGGGGAGCACGAGGUGGUCGUGGUAGACGAGUCGAAGAGAUGGGACCUCGACCAGAAGUAAUGGUGCAAAUUGUUGCUCCAAAUCCUGAUGAUCCUGAGGAUUUUCCUGCUUUAGCUUGAAGGAGCUAUUGUGAAUGGUAUUAUAAACAUAGCUUUGGUGUAGCCUGUGAAGAGGCCGGUUCUACUCUGGUGUGGAAAACAAGUCUGAGUCUACAGGAAAAACUAUUUUGUUUUGGGUUCUUUUUUUUUUUUGGUUUGAAAUGAUUGCACCCCUCUCUGCUGAUGGAAAUGCGUUCUGGAGAUAACAGUAGACUGGGAUUCUGUCAUAGGUCCAGUGUCUGCCUCCAUGUGUGAAAACUAUGUGAAGGCUUGCAGUACUCUACUACAAGCCUACUACUACUCUACUCCAAAUGAAGUUCAAGGGUAUAGUGCUCGAAAAUGUGUACAGAGAGGUGAUACCAAGUUCUCCAUGACAGCUUGAUCGAAUGUAAACUGUUGAAUAUGGUUUGCAACUGGGGCUCUAUUUCACUGUAGACAUUUGAAAGCUGCUUGCUAUGUUUCUUUGAGUGAAGUGUAUUUCACACAGUUAAAAGUUGCAGUUAUUGAGAGAUUGGCAAAUAAAGGAAAGCACUCAUUGUUUUGGGUUUGAGCUAUUAUUUUCACAAGUCAGAGUAGGAGAUUGAAGCUUUUUCUGUUUGGCUGUCAUCUGGAAAAAA